AUAGUUCUCCAUUAUCCUGGAUUCUAGCUUGCAUUCCAUCGUGCAGCUGCUGCACAAUCGUGACAGAUUUCUUUGGGCAACCAUACUCUGCCAUGAUCUUUCAUAAUCCCUCUCUGUGGACUGAAUCGAAAUCUUCUGUCAGGUCAAUAAAAGCUUUGAAUGAACCACAUUGCUGUUCCUGA